AUGGGUGCGACACAAUCAGCCGAGAUUCGAGAUGCAAGUGAUGACGAACUGGAAUACGUGGACGCGUAUAUGGACAUCGAUCAUUCAACAUCAUACAGAACGGUUGAUAAUAAUGAUAUUCAUCAAUUAAAGUCGGCAUUCGAACAAUGUCGUCAGGAAAAUGCAGAACUUCGUCGGUUACUUCAGAAUUCAAACGGCAAUGUUGCAAAUACUUCGGCGAUUCCACCUACUUCGUCAGUCACAAGUGCAACCAAUACAUCUAUUGUUCAAUUUGAAACACGUGAAAGAGAACUUCGUAAUGAAAUUGACUCACUAAAACAAAAACUUUAUCGAGCACAAAAAGAAUACGAAGAAGAUUUGAAGAAAUAUGAAGACCAACGAAUCAAAGCCGACGGCGCUCUGCGAAGUUUGAAGAAGACCUAUGAUGACCGUAUUGCGCGUAUUGAAGGACACCGAUCGCGUUCAUCAUCUCAUUACGAAACAUAUCAACACGAGCAAGGACAAGUCAACUCGGAUGCUAAUGUUGAUAAAUAUCUCCAGCAAAUAUCUGAACAAGACCAAUAUAUUGCUCAACUAACUCACGAACUUGAAGAGCUGAGACGUAAAUCAUCAUCUUCAUCCAAUGCCAUUAGCGGUCAAAUUGCAUAUGAUCACAAUAAACUACAAGCAGAGUGUGAUACGCUACGACGCACAGAGCAGCAAUUACGACAAGAGAUUGCUGAUCUUGCGUCCGCACUAGGUAUUACCAUUCAAUCCAGUGAUUCGUUGGUACCGGCAAAUACAACAGCGACUGCAACAACUGGUCAACGGAAUCAAGAUUCGAAAAUUGUUGUGGAUGAAACAACCGAACAACUUCGACAUGAUACUGUUAACGUCGCUGGUAUCGCUAAUCGUGUUAAACAAUUAGUGAAAAUCGACGCCGAACAUCGGACACUACUGAAAGAAAAGGAUGCUAAAAUCCGUGAAUAUGAAGAACGUGAAGCAAACAUGAUUAGUAGUGUUGGUGAAAAAUAUCAAAUCACAAUCAGGGAACUCGAACAAGAGAAACAUAAUUUAAAUAUUCAAUAUCGUGAUAGUGAACGUCGUGUACGAGAACUCAACGACGAAAUCAGCCGAUUACAACCCAUAGAAAGCCAGCAUAGAAGUGAAGUGCAAACGUUGAAGCAACAAAUCAAUGAUCUACAAGAACAAUACCUAACAUCUGAAAAACGUGUCCGAGGGUAUCAGGAAGAAGUUAAUACACAACGAGAAAAAUAUACUGAUUUAUUGAAGAAAUACAGAGAACUAGAAAGAACGAAGACACCUACAGAUACCCGAGAAUUGGAAGAAAUUAUUGAACGUAAGAAACAAGAAAUAAAGAUAAAUCUGACUAAAAUCGAACAAUUAAAAACCGAUCUCGAGAGAGAACAACAACAUUGUGCAACAAGACUAGCAGAUGCACAGGAACAAAAUAAACGUGAUCGUGAAGGUGAUUUAAGAAGAAUCAAUGAGCUACAGCAACAAUAUAGUCGAUUAGAAAGCCAACUUCGCGAACAAGAACGUACAUUCCAUACUAAACAACAAGACUAUGAAAGAGAAAUCAGCAAACUGGAAGAACAACAGAAAUCAUCUGUUCAUACCGCACAGCAAGAGCACGACCGAUUGAGUACACAGAUCAACACAUACAAAGUUCGUCUUCAAAAUUACGAAAACAACGAGAGACAAGUACAAGCCGAAUUAGAUGCGUUACGAAAUGAAAAUCAUACGCUGAAGAUCGAACUCAAUCGGCGCUCGAAUCAUUUCGAAGAUUCCAAAAAGGAAGUUGAACAAGCGAAACUUGAUUUUCAAAAAGCCGAAGAACGAUGGCGUCAAACUGACGAAGAAAAUCGUAAACUGAGCAUCCAAAAUACAAAUCUUCAACAUGAUGUUGAGAGAUUGAAUGUUCGUAUCAAUAUUGAAUUACCUGAAUACUACGAAAAUCAAUAUCGUGAACGUCAUCGUGAUUCGAACACAGUACACGAACAGAAUGUUCACAGUAUCACACGGGAACGAGACAUAGCCGAAGCCAAUUACCAACGUGCUAAGAGCGAAAUGAUACACUUUGAAAAGCAAUAUCAAAAAGCGGACAAUGAGCUACAAGACGUUAAACGUGCGGUCGAAAAAUACAAACAAGAGAUAUACGAUUUGGAAACAGCCCUACGCAAAUCUGACGAUAACUUCCAACGUGAAAAACGUCGUGUUGAUGAAUUAGAAGAUGAACGAGCGCGUCGACCACCUAUAUCUGAGCCGAUAAAGACUAAAAACACCGGUCCUUCCGAUUCGCAACCCUCAGGUAUCAAUUAUGUCGAUUGGGUUGCCACGUUACAAGAGCGCCUUCAGAAACAAGACGAAUACAUUCAAUUAUUGAAAGCUCAAAGAAAUAUCGACAGUGAACAACCUGAUUAUGUUCAAUUAGAACUUCGCAUUCAUAUCAAUCGAUUGGAACAAGAACUUCAAACAUUCGAUCAUCUUGGUCCAGAUUACAGUGUGAUAGGUGGAGCAGAUCAUUCACAGAUUUCUCGAAAUGCAAUUGAUUUUGAUCGAAGACUUUCACAAAUACAAGCAGAACAUGAAGAUCGUAAUAAGCGAUUUGAGAGCAUGAUGGAGAAACAUAAUCUAACAGUUGACGAGUAUAAACAACAUAUUCAAAACUUGAAAGCUGACGUUCAAGAUCGACAUGAUCGAUUACAACGUCUGACAAGAGAUGUCGAACAUGCUAAUAGUACAAUCGACAGACAAGCACAUGAUCUUAAGCAGUAUGGACACGAGAUCACCCGCCUGAAUGCUGACAUUCAAACUCUUCUUACUGAGAGAGCAAAACUCUAUCACGAUAUCGCUCAUCUGCAAGAUGAAUCAGAGAGAGCACGACAGUCUGGUACAUCACAUGUGCAGAUCAAUCAAUAUGAACAAGAGAUCGCUCUAAUGGGAAACAAAAUUGAACGAUACGAAUUAAUCUUACAGAAUCACGAUCGUGAAUACCGUGUGUUAAAAGAAGAAUUGGAUGAAGCUCGUGAUGAUCGUGUUGAACUUGAGAAAAAAUACGCCGAAUUACAACGUCAUUGCGAUCAAAUGAAAAAGCAACUGACAUCUGACAUUGUAAAUUUGGAACAGAAAUUAUCCCGUCAACGAGAAGACUUAGACCGAUCAGAACAAGAACGACUCAUGCUACAAGAAAGAUUAAACGAAUUACGUAACAAUCCGUUAGCCGGUGGCGAUCGGUCAUCACAAGUCCAAUUGUUAAUUGAAAUAAAACAAAAAGAUCAGGAAAUUGAACAACUUAAACAAGAACUUCAAGGUGUUCGAAAGGACCCUAUCGACAGUCAAGGAGCGGUUGGAACGGCCGGCCGUGAACCGAAGUUUCGACCACGACCUGAUCUUGACUAUUUAAAUCGUGAAGAUCUUCUAUACGAACUUCACAAAGCUACCGAGCUUAACCAAGAAUUGAACAGACAAUUGAAAGAAAAAUUCCCAUCUCUCACGGAACUUCACAAACAAUUGGUUCAAGUUCGACACGAACUCGAACGACAACUGUAUGUCAACCAAGUCCUAUGGCGUAAACUCAAUGCUUUAAUGGAUAUCCAUGGCUCGACUACACGACUCGAAUUAAUGCAUGAAUUAGCCAAUUAUCAAGAAGAACUCACCAAAUUACGAACCAAAUCUCAACAAAAUCUUAGCACAGCACACCAUGAUGCAUCGUCAACAGGAAACGAUGAACCAUCGAAAAAUAUCAAAUCAACAAUCGCAUUGUUAGAACGAUCCAAUAUUGAAUGGCAAACAAAACUAGCACGGCUUACCGAACAACUCGGUAGAAGUGAAACUCAAUCGAGGAAUCAUCAACGCGAUUUGGUCAGAUAUAAAAAAUUGUUAUACGAAGCAGGGUUAACUGACCCAUCACAUCGCCAGCGACGCCAUAGUGCUGAUGACUCAGUAAUCGUUGGUGUAAACGAAUCGAAGAACAGUCGUGAUGAUCUAACUGAUAUUACUAAUCUUGACCAGUUGAGAGAAAUCAUUCGCAAUCAACGGAAACAUAUUCAACAAUUGCAAAUGCGUGUUCGAAUCAGUACACCGGAUUUACUUCAAAUACCAGCUGUAGAAAAACUUAAUGAACAAGUUCAAAAUUUAAAUCUUGUCAUUGACUCACAUAAAAAUGAAUCGAGUUUAUUGAAAAGUGAAUUGGAAAAACUUUCUAAAACUAUUGAAAAAAACAAAAAAACAAUACAACAAUACGAGAAACGUUUACAAGAUCAACGAAUCGCCAUUGAAUUUCUGAAAAAACACGUGCAGAACUACGACAAACUGAUUCCAAAACCCGAUCUUCAGCUGCCGAUUUUCGAUGAACGCAAAGAUCAUAUGAUGGAUUCGAUUAAUGACUAUAUUAUCGAUUUAGACAUUGAUAUCAUUCAAGGCAAUGAAAAAAAGAAAACACCUGCAUCCAAUAGACAAAGUGCCAUUGUACAUGACAAUGAUCAUCCACCACAAUCCUCGAAAAGAGAUGAUGAUAUUCAAAAGCUCAUUAUUGAACUCAAUAUCAAAGAUCAGACUAUUCAACAACUAAAUCAACAACUGAAGGAAUCGGUACGAAAGGAUGAAGGUCCUACAUUUGAACGAGACAAUUCAGUCGAAUUACAAAGCUUACGGCAACAAAAUAAUGCUCUCAAAGCUGAAAUCAGCAAACUUCGACAAUUUGAAGAACAAAAUCGAAGAUUACACGAUGACAAUGAAAGUUUACACAAUGAACUCAAACGUUGUAAAUCAACAGUAGGACAUUAUACAAACAGAAUUGAUGAAUUAGAACAGAGACUAGUUGGAAAUAACACAAGUACAGGUGAAACAGUGAUUCGUACCAGUGAUCUAUCACAAUUAAUAGACGAAAUUCGUCAUCUUCGUCGCGAACUUGAACAAAAUAUUAUCAAACAAAACGAACUACAAGCUAAACUUGAUGAAAACAUUCGUCAAUCACGAUCACCACGUUCAUUCAAAUUCUCUGGUCAUGGAAUAUCAUAUCCCGAUCAUCAAUUUAUUGACGCUUCUGGUUUGAUGGGUACGGAGAACGUGUUAUCAUCGUCGUCAACUAUAGUCGAUGAGCAACGUUCAAGAAUAGUCCCUUCGUCGGUGGCCGACCUUGAAAAAAUUGAGAUUUCUCAUCAGUUUGAAAGAGGUAUUCAAACUGAAUUUUCGAUUUCAUAUUAUCACGAUUUACCAUCGAUUUUAGCUAUCAGACCGUACGUUGUUGGCGAAAUCAAGAUUCAUAAUGAACUUCGUCGAACUAUGGAAGAUAUUAAAUUUGAUGUGAAAGCUACUGCAUCGGAAUUACAUAAUUCUCAGGGCACUACGUCAAGACAACCACUGGAAGAACGUUUGAAUUCGUUUGAUGAACGUUUGAUUCAUGCUCUUGACUUAAUCGAAACAUACUGUCAGACGCAUUUACCCGAAAAAGAUGAACGUAGCGAAAAUCCAUUUAUUGAUCAACGUCUAAUCGAAGAGAAUAAAAAUCUUUUUCUACAACAAAGAAAAUAUCUUCAAAUUAUCCAACAUCUGAAAGAAAAAUACAAACAACAUUCUGAAUAUAUCGAUCAAUUGCUUGCUCAAAUAACGAAAAUGAAUCGGAAAAGAACGGAUUCAGGCGAAUAUAUGGCAUUCUUACUCCAACCAACAUUAGAUGUAUUGCAAAAAGCGCGUUCUAACAUUGAGAAUCAUUUAAAAGAAACCAAUCGAAAUAGCAUGCCACCUGGUAGUGCUCAAUCGCAUCGUCAUCGUCGUCGUCCAAGUAAUCAAAAUUAG